AUGACUGAGGAAUUACAGGCCUUAGAAAAGACUCAUACUUGGGAUUUGGUGGAUUUAGCUGCUGGCAAGACUCCCAUCGGAUGUAAGUGGGUGUAUAAGAUCAAGACAAAUUCAGAUGGAUCUAUUGAGCGCUACAAAGCUCGUUUGGUUGCUAAGGGUUACUCCCAGGAGUAUAGCAUAGAUUAUGAAGAGACCUUUGCACGGGUUGCUCGUCUUACUACUGUCCGGUGUUUACUUGCAGUUGCUGCUGUUCGUCGAUG